GGCAGCCAGAGGGACAAGAGAGAGAGAGACAUAAGGCUAUAUUCGUUCUACUUAUACCUGGAGCAGUCCUAGGGCUUCGGUUUAUUCCCCCGUCUCUCUCUCAUAAGCACGCUGACUACCUAGUCCUGGUUGACUCGUCCUGUGCGAAGAGGAUACGAAACGCUGUAAACACCAGCAGCCAUUGACAUCAUCAAGCUAAGAUUCUUAACGAAUAUCCCGACGAUGGCAUCUCCUCGCCCAACCUUGGAGGACCUCUUCAGCCCUAAAGGUCUCGUCGUUGUCGUAACAGGCGGUGGCAGUGGCAUUGGCUUGAUGAUCACUCAGGCGCUGGAAUCCAACGGUGCUAUCGUCUACAUCAUAGGUCGUCGCAGGGACGUCUUGGAGCAAGCUGCUAGCACUGCCCAACAUGGUAAUAUCCGUCCCAUCCAGGGCGACGUAUCCACCAAAGAGGGUCUCGAGCAGGCCGUGGCCGAGAUCAAGUCGACGGUGGGCUACGCCAACGUCGUCGUAGCCAACGCGGGCAUCUCCGGCCCUACCCCAGCCGAAAUGCCCCCCAAUCCCUCCCUCUCGCAGUUCCGCAGUGUCCUCCUGUCCCAUGACUCGGCCGAGUUUACCAGCACCUACGGCGUGAACACCACGGGGGUUUUCAACACCGUCGUCGCGUUCCUAGAGCUGCUCGACGAGGGAAAUAAGCGCGGGACCUUUAAGCAGAAGAGCCAGGUGAUCGCCACGAGCAGCAUCGCCGCUUUUAACCGCUCGCCUCUCGCCGGCUACGCGUACGGCACCUCCAAGGCGGCCGUCAUCCACUUGAUGAAGCAGCUCGCGACCGGUCUCGUCCCGUUCGGCAUCCGGGCAAAUGUUAUCGCUCCAGGGUUCUACCCUAGCCAGUUGACCGAGGGCUUCCAAGUUAUGCACCCGGACGGUGAGUGGCCCAAAAGCAUGAUCCCCGAACAGCGAUUUGGCGACUACGAAGACAUUGCCGGAACGAUCCUGUACCUCGUCUGCCGCUCCGGCGCCUACAUCAACGGAAACGUCCUCGUCACGGACGGGGGACGACUGGGCAUUGUCCCGUCCGCCUAUUAGUCACUUCCUAUAAAGCCUGACGUUAGCUCACUCUCACUAGACGCGCAAGCUUUGUCGGUCUCGUCGCGGAGAGCGAGAAGUGUGUUUGCAAGCGCCUGGUGUUGCUCAUCGGGGAGGGAACCUAGGAUAUGCAGAUGUAGACAUAUCAUAUAGGUCUAUGUAAUGUGCCAUAUGCCCGAGACCGCAGACGUGUGUCCU